CCGCGCUUCUCUGCUUCCGCUCCUUCCGCUCCGGCCCUGCGCGAGCUUCCUCCCUCUCGCUGGCCGGCUCCGUCCGUCCGUCGGCGCCAUCCCUCGCUCCGGCGUGCAGAAUUCUGAAGGGAGCCGCGCCGAAGCCACCGCUGUGACCUCAUUUGAGCAUCGAGAGCUCCGGCAUCAACGUCUCCAUCCCCAGGUGCUUGGGAAAUGAGUGCAGGUGGCGCGUUUGGCGGAAACAGGGGGGCGAGGCCUGUACCUCCUGAAAAAGGUGUGUUCCCCCUCGAUCACUUGCAUGAGUGCGACCUGGAGAAGAAGGACUAUCUUGCCUGCCUGAAGUCUACAGGAGCUCAGUCUGAAAAAUGUCGGAUGUUCUCGAAGAAAUACUUGGAGUGUAGGAUGGAGAGGAACCUGAUGGCAAAGCAAGAUAUGUCGGAGCUUGGGUUCAGUAACUCAGACGUUGUGGUUACACCUUCUGAGAAGAACAACAAACUGGAGAGUCCAACGAGUGAUUCAAGAGAGAAGAAAUAAUUGUUCAACCUGGAAGUUCCUUAUCUAACGGUCAAUAUCAUUCGCUACUCCAACACAAGUUUUAGGAAGUGCUGCCAGAAAUUAAGGAGUACCUCCAUCUUAAGGGCAAAAGAAUAAUCAUGAGAGAGUGUAAUUUGUUGGAUUGAGAUUAAGCAGAAAGAAAAAUCACAAACCCUUUUACUUA